AUGGCCAAACGAAAGCGGACUGCGUCGCCGAAAUCCGCCACGCAGCUGCGCAACGCCAGGAAACGCGCAGCGAAGAAGCGCGAGAAGGUGCAGAAACGUCAAAUUGAUCCGUCUCUAGUCUACAUCGAUGACCCGCUGCAGGCGCCCACGGUGCUGGAGGCACAGCGCUUCUUGGCGGAGCUGCUGCCGGCGUUGCCCCUGCGGCUUCGGAGCAAAGAAGGCUGGCGCUCUUCCGCAAAGUUGGCGGUGCGCGCAGGCAGCGACGGCCCAAAGAUCGGCCUGUUUCUGCCCAAGAGCCACGACGUCAUCUCGGUGAUGGGCUGUUCGGCCCAUCAUCCAGCCAUCAACAGAGCACUGGAGGUCAUCAUGUCUGCGUGCAAGGCUCGGAAGAUCCGCGGCUACGACGAGCACAAGGGGACAGGGGACCUGCGCUACGUCAAGCUGGACGUGCAGCGUUCCACGGAACUGGUUCAAGCGACCCUGGUGUGGAACGCCGGCUCCCUGGAAGAGGCCGGGCCCUUGUUGACAAAGCUGGUGGCCAAGCUGAAGCGCACGGAACAUUUGUGGCAUUCCAUCUGGGCCAACCUCAAUGCUGCAGACAAACACAGCUCGCGUAUCCUGGCCUACGACUCUGAGGCCUGGCAGCAUCUUCAUGGUUCGCGACACCUGCGCGAAAUCCUGAGCCGAGUGCCACGGGCCGAGGAGAUGCACGUGCGCUUGUGCUUUCCGCCCUUUGUCUUCAGGCAAGCGAACCUCUGCGCCUUCGAAGACAUUGUUUCGUUAACGCGUCGCUUCGUACCGCAGAACAGCGCGGUGGUGGAGCUCUAUGGCGGUGUUGGAACCAUCGGCCUACACCUAGCAGACCUGGUCAGUUCCCUGGUGUGCAGCGACGAGAAUCCGCACAACCGCUUGUGCUUUCGCCGCAGGGAAUCCUCCCAGGGAAGCGACGCGAAGCGAUCUGAGGUGGCACCAAGCCCCAGAAAGGACAGCGGGGCCCUGGGGCAAAAGGACUGGUCAGCGACUGCUCCGAGUCGAGGGUGGUUCAGCUGCGAGUCCGAGAUGGACGACUUCGUGGCUGGAGCCUGCGAGGACGAGCAUCUGGAGGCGCAGCGCUUCCUGGCCACGCUGCAGGGGAAGGUGCAGCUGGUGCAGCUGAUGCGCUUUCGGGCGCUGGAAGCCCUGCGAAGUCGAGACGCUCACGAUGGGAGGUGA